AUGGACGAUGGUCAUCUGGUUCGCCUUUUUGGUGCACAUCAUUCUCGUUCAAAUGCCUCCGGGUUGGUCGAAAACACUAGUUUGUUCGACUGUUUCUUGGCGAGCUUGAUUGCUGGCCUCUUCGACGCGCCAAGCAAGAUGGAGAAGUUGGAUCUUGCGAUAAUCGGUAUUCUGUCCUUUCUUCUUUUGAUCAUAAGGCACGCCCGCAGCAAAGCCGCGAAGAAAGUGAGAGAUAUGUUUGAGCGGAAAGAGGCGGUCAUAGGCGGCCGUGGCAGUGCAACUGGCGUGCAAGAGGCGGUGAACAAGACACUGGAGGAAAGGGAUGCGGUCGGCAGCGGCCGAGAAAGAGUUGGCGGACUAACAGGCGAGAGCAGUGACUACUCCGGAUGCUCAGGGAACCAGCCCCCGGCGGGGCAACAACUUCUUGCGUCUGGUAUUGGCACACGCGUCUGCAACUUUGUGAAGGAGGGCUUCAGGUCAUUUCUGGUUGAAGUACUCGUUUACCUCAACAUCUACAUCCAAGAUGACGAUGAUGCUGCAGCAGCAAGCGAGGAUAAGAUGGCAACUGGAGCUGGACUCGAGACACUUGUUGAUCAAACAAUAUCAAUCAUCACGAACGACGGGCGAAAUAUCGUGGGAGUCUUGAAAGGUUUUGAUCAGGCUACCAACAUAAUUCUUGAUGAAUCUCAUGAGCGAGUAUACUCCACCAAGGAAGGUGUACAGCAGCUUGUGUUGGGUCUCUACAUAAUACGUGGCGAUAAUAUAAGCAUUGUCGGAGAAUUAGAUGAAGAGCUGGAUGCAAGCUUGGACUUAUCAAAGCUCAGAGCUCACCCUCUGAAGCCGGUCAUCCACUGA